AUGGAUCGCGCGAUGAUGGACGACGGCGACAGCAGCAGUAGCCACAGCCUCCCCUACGCCACCGUGCAGCACUCCGAUCCGCUGAUGCACCACCACUCCGCCGCCGCCUCCGCCGACGACGUCGAUGGCUUCGUCCGCCACUCCAGCUCCACCACCGCCAGCUCCGGAUUUUAUUCUGACUACCCCUUGGCCACCUCCGGCGAGAACUCCCCGUUCGUCAUGUCCCCCUGGCACCAGUCCUCCACCCCCUUCCCCUGCGACGCCGUCUCUUCCGCCUCCGCCACCGGCCUCCUCGCCUCCCUCGUCCGCGAGGAAGGCCACAUCUACUCCCUCGCCGCCGUCGGCGACGUCCUCUAUACCGGAUCCGACAGCAAGAACAUCCGCGUGUGGAAGAGCCAGAAGGACUUCGCCGGCUUCAAGUCCAGCAGCGGCCUCGUGAAGGCCAUCGUCGUCGCCGCCGACCGCAUCUUCACCGGCCACCAGGACGGCAAGAUCCGGGUGUGGCGCGUCUCCCCCAAGAACCCCACCGUCCACAAGCGCAUCGGCAAUCUCCCUCGCCUCAAGGACGUCCUCCGCAGCUCCCUCAAGCCGUCCAACUACGUCGAGGUCCGCCGCCACCGCAGCGCCCUGUGGAUCCGCCACUCCGACGCCAUCUCCUGCCUCAGCCUCAACGAGGACCACGGCCUCCUCUACUCCGCCUCCUGGGACAAGACCUUCAAGGUCUGGCGCAUCGCCGACUCCCGCUGCCUCGAGUCCGUCAUCGCCCACGACGACGCCGUCAACUCCAUCGUCGCCGCCUUCGGGGGCCUCGUCUUCACCGGCUCCGCCGACGGCACCGUCAAGGUGUGGCGCCGCGAGCUGAUGACCAAGGCCACAAAGCACACGCCGGUGCAGACCCUGCUGAAGCAGGAGUGCGCCGUCACGGCCGUCGCCGUCAGCUCCUCCGCGCCCGUCGUCUACUGCGGUUCCUCCGACGGGCUCGUCAACUUCUGGGAAGGCGAGGUCAAGCUGGCGCACGGAGGGGUGCUCCGCGGCCACAAGAUGGCGGUGCUCUGCCUCGUCGCGGCCGGGGGCCUCCUGGUCAGCGGCUCCGCCGACAAAAACAUCUGCGUGUGGCGGCGGGACGGCGCCGUGCACAGCUGCCUCUCGGUGCUGAGCGGCCACACGGGACCGGUAAAGUGCCUCGCCAUGGUGGCGGAGGAAGAGCGAGACGAAGGUGGUGCCGGCGCGGGAAGUUGGAUCGUGUACAGCGGGAGUCUGGACAAGUCAGUCAAGGUGUGGCGAGUGUCGGAGCAGCCGCCGGAGGCGCUGCUGAGGGGCCCAAUGAACGUGCCGACCGACAUGGACGAUGCGGUGGGCCGCCACGUGACGACAUCUUAA